GGUGGGACCAGUUUCAUAUUUUGACGUUUCUUCCACAGACUUCCGUAUACACAAAAUAACCGUGCGCGCUAAAAGUGCCUUCAAUUUCUUUAAUUUAAAUCUUACUUGUUUUCUUCACAUCAUCUUAUUUCUUCCAAUAAAUCAUACCAAGAAAUUUCGACUACCAAACUCUAUUUUCAAAAAUGGAAUCACUGAACCCGUAAUCAAAAUUCUUUAAUUUUGUUGAAAAUGGGAUUUGAUAAAAUAUCUGCAUAGCUUGUGCUACAUUGUCUUUAGACGUGAGAUAUUAGUGAGUGUACGUGAAGACAUUUCAGUGAGUGUAAGACACUGGACCCUCUGAAAACUUUUUCGGAAUAAACAGUUGUUUCUUCUCAAUACCAUACAAAAGUGCUUUUUCAAAGGGAUAUAUUGAAGAACCCAACUUACCCAUUUUGGUCAGAAGAUUUGCUGAAAACUUGUAUCUAGAAGUUUGAAGUUGCAAACUUCAUCUAUAUAAACUUUGCAUUGUAAUGGAACAAUGACGCAACCGAAUGAGUGUUAACAAUUAUUUCUUGAGCGUUGAUAAAUAUAUGCAAAGAUAAUAAGACCCCGUAUUACGAGUGUUGUGUUAAUCGAACAAAUUAAUUAAACCUGACAGCUUACGUGCGAGGAGUCAAAGAGUAAAGAUCAGCUAUAUCCAGCUGCUUGAUUUAUGCCCCAAGAAGUGAGAUUGCGUACUUCAUGACCUAUUCCAUUUUCCAGGAAGAAUGCGAAUCUUCAGUGUAUAAAUUUUACACAAUUAUAAUUAUCCUCUAGAUUUUAAAAACGUGGUUGUUUUGAGGAAGAUGAACGAAAUUAUGGGAGAAUCAUCAAAUCUUUCAGGAAAUCACGUUAAUCCGGGUGCGAAAGUUACGCAUUCUUGCACAUCUGGAAAAAAAAGGGUGAACCGGAUUGCUGAUCGAUCUCCAGAUAGAAGCCCUUCUGAAGAAAUGUCUUAUAAUCAAGUAAAAAGAAGUUCUAGUGAAGAAGAAGAAGAAGAUUCUUAUGGACUGGACCAGGAAUCUGAAGUGUCAUAUUCUUCCUGUGGGAAGAGUAAUUCGAAUGAUAUUUCAGUGGAAAUGAGAAAUGUUCCCUCUGGAGCAGAAGAAGCUUAUUCUUGUGUGAAGAGAAAGAUGAACGAAUUUAUGUCGGAAUCGAAUUGUUCCGUCAGCUCUGGGGCUGAAGCUGCAUUUCGAUGUCCAGCUUUGAAGAGGAAAGUGAAUGAAAUUAUUGGAGAAUCUGCAGGAAUAGUUUCUUCGGAUGUAGAAGCUUUUUCUUGCGGGAAAAGAAAGAUGAAUGAGAUUGUGACAGCAUCGGGGAUGGAUGCUUCGGAGGUGGAAGUUGCUUAUCGUUAUGCGUCUGCGAAGCGAAAAAAUAAUGAAGGAGAGACGUCGUGUAUGAUUCCCUCGGGAGUGAAUAAUGUUAAAAAUAAUAAUUGUAGUAACAAGAACAAUAAUGCGGGGAUUGGACCAAAUGGAGGGGAAGGAAUCAGCGCGGCCGUCGCAAAAGUUCUGCAGGGGUACGACUGGACCCUCGUGCCUGUUGCUACCAAGGUCUUGUCAGACAAUGAUAAAAAGCCAUUUAUCGAAGAAGCUGAUCGACUUCGUUUAAUCCAUAAGCGACAGCAUCCGGAUUAUAAGUAUCAGCCUAGGCGAAGAAAACAGAACGGACCUGCUGGGCGAGAAAAUUCCCCAUCUAGAAGCCAAAGCAAUGUAACUUUUAGUGUCUCAAGAUCAUUAAAACAAGAGGAAAUGAAUGUCCGAGGCCCCAAAUGUCCCAAUUCACCCCAGAACUGUGCUAGUUCUUCGCCUCCGUCAACACCUUCUCAAGGAAUCUCUCAAGGCCUCUCACCUCCGACACCUCCAACAACUCCUAGAGGUCAACAUUACAUUAAUCAGGGUCAUCAACACCAGCAAAACAACGCUCUCUAUCAUCAAGAAAUGACUAACCAAUCUGGCGGUUCACCACAAAGUGGAAUGGAUCUAAGAUAUGUUGAUUUGCCUGUAGAAGAGGGACAACUUAGUAAUCUGAGUUCUCUAGGUGGUGUUAGUCUUGGCCUUCCACUCAACCUUCAAGAAUGUGAGGUCGAAAACAGCGAAUUGGAUCAGUAUCUUCCACCACCAGUGCCAAAUCUUCAUCAAUAUAACUCAGUGUCACCGACUACUUCUCACUGGCCAGUCAACAGGUAUGAAGAUGAUGUAGAAAAGCCAGGUAAACGUUACUAUUCAGACCCUUCAGUGUCUGAAGUCUACUGGGAGGACAAAUCCCAGGAAGUGAGGUACCAUGAUCUCCAGCCACCGCUACCACCAGUUCAGUACAUAUCCACUCAGCAUCAUCCACACACAACUACUCAAGUGGGCCAUCCACAUGUCUCUAAUCCUUACUCUCAGUACCACCGUUAUGCACCCAGCAUUGACACAUGGACUAGUAAUGUGAACUACCUUUGAAAAAAUACUUAAAAAUACACUUAACAUUCGUUGACAUUUUGUUUACGUCUUCAACUGAGGAUUAUCCAGCUUCUUUCCGUUCGAACUGAUACACCAGUCUUGGUCCAUUUUGAUUAAAUUAAAUAAAAAUUGCCGAUGUUCAAACGUUAAACCGAGAAUAAAUCAGAAAUGAUUGAGCGACGUGAGAUAGGAGGUACAUAUCGCAUACAAUAAUAAAUAAUUGAGAUGACGGGAGUUGGAGAGAUAGCCAAAUACGAUGUAAUUAACGAAUAAUUACAGUGAUUAUAAUUAACGUAAGUACCACGCGUAUCGGUUUCGUAUAAGAUUAUUGUAGCAUAUAUAGUAUAUGAUAGGACGUAAGUAAACGUACGUGAAUUUUGAGCAUGAUCACAGUAUAUGCAUGUAAUGUUGACUUCGUACGUGUGAGAAGUACCCAGUAUAAGAGGUAACACCAUGAGACUCCAUGACAUCAUUCCAUGACAGCCAACCAUUCCAAAGCGCACAAUUUCAGGCCAAACAAACAGCGCUCGAAUAUGCCUUGUUCGCGAUCUAAUAAUAUAAACUCGAUUCUUGAACUGCAUUAGCCAGUCGAAGGUUUAUUAUACAAGUUUUAUUCGACCCUGGAGCGGACACUGUUCAAAUAAAUCCCUGUGUAAUCCGACCGUCAGAAUAUUGGCGAGGAAACUCUGGUUUUGUUAAAAAAAAAGGUAAGCAAUGUUUCGGUUUGCUGAUUAGAAUUACUGAUACAAUCAAUAGAGCUCUUUUGAAGCUUUAAUUAAUAUUUUUAGAUUUUUUCAUUCGGUUUAAUAAUAUAAUACUGAGAUUUUUUAGGCUUUUGCGAUUUAUCAAGAAUUUCUACCUUUUUCGUAUAAUACUUCAAAGCAAUUUUUUUGUACAAUUUUUUACAACAUUGUAAAAUGUAUCUGACCACCAAAUACUAGUUUUUGCAUAAGUUUCGUGAGAAUUACAAAAAAAUCUACUAUAUUAUAGAAAUACGAACAUGUGCCUUUCGCUAUUACAUCAUUGUAAUUCUUUAAUGUACUUCAAGUAAUAAAAUAUGAAAUCAUAUAAUAAAUAAAUUAUUUAUAAGUAGGCAUUUUCUAGUAAUAUACGUCCUGGAAUGUAAAAAAUCACAGAAGGUGAAUAUUGUAAUUUAUUAUGAUAAAAUGUUCAUAAAUAUAUGUAUAAAUAAAAAUAGAGGAAUAUUUGAAAAAUUGGUAUAUUCCAAAAAGUGUGCCAGGUUUUAUCGAGUGUGAAAAAAGUGUCAUCUACAAUUACUUUAAUUAAUAGAUAUAUAGAUUCGCAAAAAUAUAUACAUAUUAACACUGACUAUUUACGAUUUAGACAUGCUUUUGUACUUAGAUAUUUAUUUAAUUGAAAAAUUAUUAUAUAUUCGAAGAGCGACGUUCAGAGUCUUUUCAGGAUACUCUAGAUAGAUAUACGUAUUUUUAAGAAAUAAAUCAAUUAUAACGAAAAAAACUACAGCCAUUUUUCGUUAAUUUUAUAGAUCUUAGCUAAAUUCUUUAUACGAUAUAUUAUUUAAUCUGUGCACUCUGAAGAAUUAUUCU